ACUUACAAAUUUUUUCUAAGCUGUGAGAGUCCGGAUCCCCUGCCCCUCUCUCCACUCGCCAUGCGACGGCAUCUUCACUCUUGCUUCCAAAGCACGCCGAAGCUUAGAAGCAGAUAUUAAACUCCUGAAGCCUAACAGUAAGCGAGCGUGCGCUAGAGAGAGAGAGAGAGAGAGAGAGGGAGAGAGAGAGAGCGAAGGCAGCUUUGGAAGAUUCUUCAGGGAUGGCGACGGACGAGUACAAGCCGCUGAGGCGAAUCGCCGAUGCUUUCGACAGCCUCGCGGGGACGGUCAACUCCACUGUUCCCAUCGAGGCUGUUCACUUCUCCGAUGCGUGCUCUCGCGUUUCUGUUCUCUUUGGCUGCCUCGGGAUUGCCUUCAAGUUUGCCGAGAUGGAUUACGUCUCCAAGGUUGAAGAUCUUAAGGAAGCAGCAAAAUCUAUUCCAACGUUGCAAUCUAUGCUUGAAUUAGACAUCAAGAGCAAUUGCAUAAGGCAAGGUGGGAGUCAUUCACGAAACCUUCUUCGAGUGAAGCGUGGAAUUGACAUGGUCAAGGUGCUUUUUGAGGAAAUUCUCGUAGCCGAUGGGAACUCUCUGAAGGAUCCUGCAUCUGUAGCUUAUUCCAAAGUUUUAGCCCCUCAUCAUGGGUGGGCAAUUAGAAAGGCAGUUUCUGCAGGAAUGUAUGCCCUCCCCUCAAAAUCGCAACUUCUGAAGAAGUUAAAUGAAGAUGAGGAAUCAUCUAGAAUUGAGAUGCAGAAAUACAUAACGUCGUCUGGUCCUGUCAUUCAAUACGUUGAAGAACUUUUCAUCUCUCGAGAGCUGGGCAUAGAUUGGUGACAAAAUUCUUGAAAUUAUGUUUUAAAUUGCAAAUCUUUGCUUUUUUUUCCCUUUCGAUCCUUCUGGGCUUACGUAAUUGAUGCAGAUGCAGGACUGAGAAUCUGACAUUCUGAUUAGAAAACUUUGUGAGAUUAUACUUAUAUAAAAAUUAAAUAAUUAAGUCGAAGUAAAUAUAUUAAUGCUUUAUGUAAAAGCAAUUAAUGUUAAGCCCAUCAAAAGUGCUGCUUACAUACUUUUUGGGUGAGACAUCUCAAAAAUUCUUUGUAAUUUAUAUAAUAUUUAAUUUUUAUUGAUUUUUAUGAUC